AUGAAGUUAAAUUUCUAUCUGGGAUUCCUCCAUUUGUUCUUUGCAAUAUCUCAAACUACUUUGAGUACUAUUUACACUUUAUUACCAGGUUUAGAUAAGACAGCUAGUAUAAUUAAAAUUUUCUAAUUAGGUUGGUUUAUAAAUGAUUUUUAUGGUUGCCAAAUAAGUAAUUGUAAAGAGUAUGAUAUAUUUGGAGAGUUUGGAGUUUUUGGUGAGACUAAAUUACCUUCUUUAAAUCUUAAACUUCUACGACAUUAUUCAUUAAGAAUUUCAUUCAAAUUUUGGAAGUAUAACAUAAAUUUUAAUUAGAAUUGACUAUUGGAAUGUUGAUCCUUUCUAUUUAACAGAAGAUAAUGAUGAAUAGACAAGUCAAUUGUUUGAGGGUUAAGGUAGCAAUUUUUGUGGUAGUGGAGGGAGUCAGAACAAAGAGCUUCCUGUUCCUUUAAUUGUUACAACAGAACCACAAUCUCUAGUUUUUUAAAUGACUUCAAAUUUAGAUGAGGAUACAUAUUAUGUAUAUAUUUUUUAAUUCUAGGAAUCAUAUGGAUUUCGAGAUUUCAUAAUUGAAAUUUUGGAAUGUCCUGAAGGUUUUUUAUUUUGCUAAGAUUAUAUAUCUGAUUGGAAAAUUUUGAAUAAUAUUGCAUCAUAUUGGCUAAACUCAAUUAGCUCAGAGGGAUGGCUGAUUGAUAAUAAUCAAUAAUUUAGUUCAAGUGGAAGUAAUAUUCUGCAUUAAGGGCAAAUUAUGAAAAAAUUCAUUCAAAAUGUUCCAAAACACUUCAAAAUUAAGAUAAUUCUUAAACUUUGGGUAAUGGGAGUUAAAUAGAAUUUAAAUUUUAUUUUUAAAAUUGAUGAGUAAGUUUAAUUUAUAAAUAUAAAUGCUCUGUCUUAAUAAAAUAUUGGAUGUGUAAAUUCUCAAUUAGUAAAUAUCAAUAAUAUAACCAUAAAUAAUGAUCAUUCAUCCCCUGAAAUAAGAUUAGAAAUGUAUACAGAAAAUAAUUAACCACAAAGUAGAUUUUGGGUUGUUUAAUCAUUUGAUUUAUACGUAGCUUAAUGUUCAAUUGGUUGUGAAGAUUGUAAUGGAGGAUUAGAAACUUAAUGCAAUAAUUGUUUUAAAAAAUGGGGAUUUUUAGAUGGUAAAUGUAUUCCUGGUAUAAAUUUAUAUAUAUCAAUAAGCUCCUCCAUUAGAAUAUACUAAUAUUAGAAUCUAUUAAUCUUAAGGUUUAAAAGCAAAUUUUAUUAAUUCAUUUUAAUUGUACAUUGAGGAAUUAGAUCAAACAAUUACUGAAAUUGGUUAAAAAAAACUAAUUAUUGAUAAGAGUAUAACAUUUUGCUCUUUUUUAAUUUCAGUGGAAUGUUAAGAAAAAAUUAAAAUUGAAAGCCUUUUUAGAAAUUGCAAUUAAUGUGAUAAUGCUUAAAUUUCUUUUUCAAAUUAUUGUCUUCAUGAAAGUAACAUUAUUAAUUUCAGUGUUAUAUUUGCAGAUACUAUUUAAUCUGAAAAAGAAUUAAUAAUUAAUAUUUCACAAACAAAAUUAGAAAUUCUAUAGGUAAUAAUAUCGAAUGAUAUUGAAACAGAAGUACAUAUAUUGAAAAUUGAAUUAUGA